AUGGCUGAAACAUCCAAGAAGAAUAGAAAGAAUAGAAAGAACAAAAAGAAAAGGAACAUAGCCAUUGAAUACAAAUGUUCGAUUAAUCUUCUUCCUUGUGACAUAUGGGUGAGAAUUGCCACGAAGAAUGCAUUGAAUUCGAUUCAGGAUCUAUUCAACAUGCAGGCGACUUGCAAGGUGUUUUUGGAUGCAGCAAGUUCCGAUGCUGUUUACAAGCAUACGUCAAUGUUGGAGCUACUGACUGUGUCCUUUUUAUAUUACUUUGACCGGCCUGAAAAGAGGUUCCCAUAUUGCUGCGCAGAAGCAGAAAAUAUGACUGCUCUACUCCGGGUAGGAAUGAUGGAUUUCUUCUAG